AUGUCGUCGCCGAAACCGGGCAGGAAAAAGAUCACGACAAAACGAAUGGAUAUUAAGAGUGCCGAAGGCAAAUUGUUGGCUACUACUCUGCAAGUGGGUUAAUUUUUGGGGUUCUUUACAUAAUUUUUUUUAAUUGUUUUACGAUUUGUGUUUAAAAAGGGGUACUGUUUUUUUUUUGAAAUAAAAAAUGUGUUUUUACUAUCAUUUGCCGUAUUUCACAUCUAAUUACGUCAUUCCCUCUCCAGAAAACCAUAAUUUACCUCGAUGAAAAAGGCGCUUCCGCUAUUGACCCUGAGGCGUUAUGGCCAUCAAUGGACUCCCAAACUACUACAACUAAAUCUCCACCGGAUUCCAAUGACAAAACCAUAAAAUUUACCGACUCAUCGAGGUCUCCCUACCAGUAUGGACAGAAUUAUGAGAAGCUCCCGUUGCCUCCAGAGCUCCCAAAUUCCCAACUUUUUCCGCUUUCCGAUUUUCAUAUUGAUGGCAGCAGUAGAGGCUAUUCUGAGGGGAAUUCCGAUGUAGAUUUGAGGAAGUCUGAGUACAUCAAAUUUAUUGGGAAAAGAGAUUUGGAAAUUGGAGGACAUCGGGAAAAUAGUUUCGAGGAGAGAAAGGGUGAGUGGUAGUGUAAAAUAAUAUGUGGUUAUGGUCUAACAGGCUUCAAAUUAAAUGCCUAUAUUGCCACCUCAAAUUUGGCAUGCCUUAGCUAAAUCUAAAAAUUAAAAAUCGACAUUUUUAUAUAUUUUUACCCAUGACAUUUUCGGCCUAUUUUAGAGAAAAACUUUAUCUGCUAAUUAUGUACUGUAAAUAACUGCAAAUAGCAUUUUACACCUUCAGGGACAAUUCGCGGCAGAGCAAUCCUAGUGAAUAGACAAGAAAGAGAAGAUCCAUUACUUAUCCAGCUAAUCAUCAAUGAUAUUCAAGCCGAAAGACGGCUGAACCAUGCUCGCGAGUUUACAGUCGAUGAAGUUCUCAUGAGGACAGCAAAAGAACUUGCAAAGGAAACCUUGGAUCGGCGAAGAAUACGGUUAGUGAUUACAUACUUUAUAAUAUUUAAUUUUCGGUUAGAUACAGUGCCGGAAUUUAGUAAUCAUUUGCUUUAGACUAAAUGGAAGGGAGUCGAAUAUCUGGAUCGGCGGGGCAAAUGUGGAAAGCAGGAAGGUUGUGGACGAAUGGAGUCGAGAAAUGGCGAUUUCAAGGAAGAAUUACUUCAAAUCGAGGGACUUUCAUCUGAUCGGAGUUGGGAUGGCGACCGAUGAAAAUGAAGAUCCGUUGACCGUAAUUGUGGCCUUGUAUGAAUAA